AUGAAACUAACCGUCCAAAAAGCUACUACCGGUUUAGGCGCACUAGCCUCCACUAUAAGUGCUUCAAGUUUGUCUCCUGAAGAUAUUGCUCAAUUGGAACUUGCUGUUUCCGAGUACAAGGCAAACGCGGCGUCGUAUAUGAUGUGGGGAUUGACUGCAGAUUAUCCUAUGCCAGAUGGACUAGCAAAUAUAUUUUUGACGGCAGUACACUACACUGAUGAUUUUUACACAACAUUGUUCAGUAAUAUAGCAAUGAGUGAUAUGCAAGCCAUAGCUGAGGCCUUACCAUGGAACACCGUUUAUUAUUCCUCAGAAAUUGCCUCUGUCAGAGCCGCCGCUGCUUCCUCUGCUCAAGCUUCCUCUGUUGCCGUUAAUGGUACUUCAUCUAUUGCUACUUCUUCUGCGGUUGGUAUCAAUGCUACUUCCUCUGGUUUUGAGGUUAACGGCGUCUCCACCAUUUUCGUUACUAUCACUGAUAUUAACUACAAUACUACUACUGUCUGUGACUAUAGGUCUACUUCCAGUGAGGAUGCUGUUAGCACUAUCUUUAUUUCUAAGGCUGAAGGUGCUGCCACUAAAUACGAAACUCAAGAAACAACCGUUACCGUUUGUGACGAAGUUUGUGAAUCCAGAAAGUCCGCCGCAGCUGCUGCCACAGCAAAGACCUCCAAGGUUGCUGCUCCAACUACUGUUGCCCAAGUUACAGCCUCUUCUGCAUCUCAAACUGUUCAAGAGCAAAGCAUUAAUGGUGCCAUCAAAAACGCAGUCGGUAUGGGUGUCGCUGUCCUAGGUGCUGUCGUCUUAUUGUUAUAA